UCCAGAAUCCCACUGGAGAGGAGAGCAGUUGCCUUCAUGAGAAACCCCCUGAAUUUCAGUGAGAGAACAUUGUGGAAACUUUGUUCUCUUUGGUUUCAUAGACUUAAUUGGUCUCUUUGUAGCUUGUCUGAAAUGUGAAUUGGGAAGUCUACUUAGUAGUUUAUUUUUGUUUUAUCUAAAGAGCAUCACUUACGUUUUUUCAAAGCCUCAGAACUCAGGUUCAGACAGUCACUUUAAUUCCAGGAGAUGGUAUCGGCCCUGAGAUCUCAGCUGCAGUUAUGAAGAUUUUUGAUGCUGCCAAAGCGCCCAUUCAGUGGGAGGAGCGGAAUGUCACUGCCAUUCAAGGACCGGGGGGAAAGUGGAUGAUCCCUCCUGAAGCCAAAGAGUCCAUGGAUAAGAACAAGAUGGGCCUGAAAGGCCCUCUGAAGACCCCAAUAGCAGCAGGCCACCCAUCUAUGAAUUUACUGCUGCGUAAGACAUUUGACCUUUAUGCAAAUGUCCGACCGUGUGUUUCAAUCGAGGGUUACAAAACCCCUUACACCGACGUGAACAUUGUCACCAUCCGGGAGAACACAGAAGGAGAGUACAGUGGCAUAGAGCAUGUGAUCGUGGAUGGGGUCGUUCAGAGCAUCAAGCUCAUCACUGAGGAGGCGAGCAGGCGCAUUGCUGAGUUUGCCUUCGAGUAUGCCCGCAACAACCACCGGAGUAACGUCACAGCUGUGCACAAAGCCAAUAUCAUGCGAAUGUCAGAUGGGCUUUUUCUACAAAAAUGCAGGGAAGUUGCUGAAAACUGUAAAGAUAUUAAAUUUAAUGAGAUGUACCUUGAUACAGUAUGUCUGAAUAUGGUCCAGGAUCCGUCCCAAUUUGAUGUCCUUGUUAUGCCAAAUUUGUAUGGAGACAUCCUUAGUGACCUGUGCGCGGGAUUGAUUGGAGGUCUUGGUGUGACACCAAGUGGCAACAUUGGAGCCAACGGGGUAGCGAUCUUCGAGUCGGUUCACGGAACUGCCCCGGACAUUGCUGGCAAGGACAUGGCCAACCCCACGGCUCUCCUGCUCAGCGCUGUGAUGAUGCUGCGCCACAUGGGGCUUUUUGACCAUGCUGCAAGGGUUGAGGCUGCGUGCUUUGCUACAAUUAAGGAUGGAAAGAGCUUAACAAAAGAUUUAGGAGGCAACGCAAAAUGCUCAGACUUCACAGAGGAGAUCUGUCGUCGAGUACGAGAUUUAGAUUGAGGAUCCAGCGAAUGGAGUCUGUCCGUCAUUCCCACCCGAUGAGAUGUACCUUGAUACAGUAUGGCACCUCCUGUCUUGCACACAUUUGGUUCUCUUCUUUCCUGACAGUACAUUUUUAGAUACGGCCUUUUCUUAACAAAAUCUGUGCAGAGGGUGCAGGUGACGUCCCUAGGCCUGCUUUCAAAGGACUUUCCCUAAGCGCUUGUUUUAUUUAUUAAAUGUCUAUCCAGUAUAUGUUUUUUGUAAACUCUUAAGUGGACUGUAUCGUUUGCCAUGUUAAUCAUUUUAACACUUCAGUUAAAAUGGUUUCUUCAGCUAUAAAUACGAUACAGAAUUAACAAGAGAAAACAACUUUUUUCAGAAGACACUGUUUUCCUUGGUUUAUGAAAAAUGUAAUAGAAACAAAACAGAUUACAGACAUGAUAGCACAAGGUAACAUUCUUAUAGAGCUAAGUGGGCAUAGGAGGUUUCCUGGAAAGUUCAGGUCAAAACCAGUGACAACGGCAUAUUUUUUAGUGAUGUGGAAGUAGACAGGUGGGCCCUUCUACGUGGAUUACUGAGUGUGAAUAAAGAUUUCAAACCCAAGCACUAUGUAAUGAGAGAUGUAUUUUUGGUAAUAAGACAUAGGUAGUAUAUUGGAUACAAAGACACGUGUUUUGUUAUCUGGAGAUGCACCUUCAUGGCUAGAGCUUUAAUGGAGGGCAGGGGCGGCCUUUCCACUGGACAUGUGAGGGUGAGGAGUCUCUGGUGCAGAGCCGGCUACAGGAGCCUGCAGCAUGACUCACACCCCCCAUGGCAGCUGAAGGACCCCACCGGGAAUAUUCUGGCUGUGAGGAGCUGGGGGUGCUGGCUGGCCUGCCUUGUCCCCACGGCACUGAGCCACUGCCCUCCAUGUGCCAUAGCAGUGCCAGUGAGAGCUGACCCCGCAGUGGGGGCUGGGCUCUGCUGCUGACCUCUGCCCCUUCCCCUCCCCCCCGCAGCGCGACUGUCCUUUAUGUCAGACUCUAGGUCACUAUUUUUGUGAAAAGCUAUGCGACCCCCACAGCAAAGGCCACUCCUGUCCUCUCCUGCCCCUGUGUGGCAUUCAAACCCCUGCACUUUGCACACUGCACCCAGAGCACAGGGGAUUUUUAGCAUGUGUCCCACCUGAGUAUGUUUAGGCUUAUAAAGCAGACUUCAGGCUCACAUGUAUUUUACUUUGUUCAGGCUGCAGCUUCCUCUGUUGUGUUGGAUCACCCUAAUAAAGACUUCAGAACUGA